GGGCUCCUCGCGGCCGAAUCUGCGCCUGCGGACGCGCAGAUUAGACAGGAGGGGCGGGAGCAGGCCCGCGUCACCUCUUUCCUCCAUCCCCGCGCGGGAGCUGGCCGCCUCCGCUCCCGUGCCGGCCUCCCCGCCCGGGACUCAGGAAAUUAUCUCAAGAAAAUGAAGUCGAACAAAGGAAAGGCCUGUACUAGAGAGAGAGACUUUGUAUACGAGUUCAGUGCUGGAAAUCAACAUUCAGUGCUUACAGUGCCUCUCAAAUUCCCUGUGCAAGAGAACAUUAGUCACCUACAUGGACGUUUAAUGCUUCUGCAUAAUCUACCAUGUGUUAUAGAAAACGACCUGAAGCAAUCACUUAAUAAGUUCAUAGAAGAAGAAACUAUAAAAGAUUACGACAGAGAAGCUGAAAUGGCUCUGGAAGCUGUAAAAUCGGGAAAAGUAGAUAUAAACCAGUUGGCAGAUACUUGGGCUAAAGCUUAUAAAGAGACAAUGCUAGAAUAUGCAAAACCUGAGGAAACCAGUUGGGAUGAAGAUUUUGCAGAUGUUUAUCAUGAUCUGAUACAUUCUCCAGCCUCUGAAACACUGUUAAACUUGGAACAUAAUUAUUUUGUUAGUAUCUCAGAAUUAAUAAGCGAAAGAGAUGUGGAACUGAAAAAACUCCGGGAAAGACAAGGAGCAGAAAUGGAUAAGGUGAUGCAGGAGCUAGGGAAAUCACUAACAGACCAAGAUGUAAAUUCAUUAGCAGCUCAGCAUUUUGAAUCUCAGCAGGAUUUGGAGAACAAGUGGACCAACGAGUUAAAACAGUCUACUGCUAUCCAGAAGCAGGAAUAUCAGGAGUGGGUUAUAAAACUGCAUCAGGACCUGAAGAAUCCUAACAAUAGCUCAAUCAGUGAUGAAAUCAAGGUUCGGCCCAGUCAAUUGAGAGAAUCUGUAGAAGGAAAUGGAAGAAUUUAUGAAGAGCAAAGACUGUUAGAAGAAAGUUUUACUAUUCACUUAGGAGCUCAGUUGAAGACCAUGCAUAAUUUAAGAUUACUGAGAGCAGAUAUGUUGGACUUCUGUAAACAUAAAAGUAAUCAUCGAAGUGGAGUAAAACUUCACAGACUUCAAACUGCAAUGUCUCUCUAUUCAGCUUCUCUCUGUGGCCUGGUUUUAUUAGUCGAUAACCGUAUCAGUUUGUAUAGUGGCAUCAAAAGAGAUUUUGCAACUGUUUGCCAAGAAUGCACGGAUUUCCAUUUUCCUGGAAUUCAAGAACAGCUUGAAAUUAUCCAGAAGGUUGUACUUAAGGCCAGAGCUCAGCGUAGCAGUAAGUCGAAAAGACAUCAUGGAAACAAAAAUAGCGGGAAUGAAGAUAAAUUCAAGAGUAUUGAACGAAACCAGUCAAAUAUUAUGCCGGGAGAAUUCUACAUCACUCGCCAUUCAAAUCUUUCUGAAAUUCAUGUUGCUUUUCAUCUGUGUGUGGAUGAUAAUGUAAGAUCUGGUAACAUAACUGCUCGGGAUCCUGCAAUAAUGGGACUCAGAAAUAUUCUCAAAGUUUGUUGCACACACGACAUUACUACAGUUAGUAUUCCUCUCCUACUGGUACAUGAUAUGUCAGAAGAAAUGACCAUUGCAUGGUGCUUGAAGAGGGCAGAGCUUGUUUUCAAGUGUGUCAAAGGUUUCAUGAUGGAAAUGGCCUCAUGGGAUGGAGGAAUUUCUCGGACUGUACAGUUCCUGGUACCACAUACAAUUUCUGAGGAAAUGUUUUACCAGCUAAGUAAUAUGCUUCCCCAGAUCUUCCGAGUGUCCUCGACGCUGACUCUCACCUCUAAGCACUGAAUUUUGUGCAGCAGUAAGGUGUAUCCUGUUGAAAAAGGAUGAGACUAAUGAGAUAUUGUAGUGGAAUGUCUCUUUUCUGAAGAUUGAUUAUUCUGAAUUGGAAUUUGUUACAAUUUCAAGAAUAAUAUAAUAAAAGAUGUAUGCUGUCUAUA